CCUGUCUCUCUCUGUCUGACCUGUCUGUCUCUCUGACCUGUCUCUCUCUCUGACCUGUCUGUCUCUCUGACCUGUCUCUCUCUGUCUGACCUGUCUGUCUCUCUACCUGUCUGUCUGUCAGUCCCAGUGUGUCCCCAGUAGGAGAAGUGGUUUUAGAGUUGGGAUGAAGCUGGAGGGCGUCGACCCGCUGCACCCGUCCAUGUUCUGUGUGCUGACGGUCGCCGAGGUGAUUGGCUGUCGGCUCCGUCUCCAUAUCGACGGCUACUCCGAGUGCUAUGAAUUCUGGGUAAACGCUGACUCGGCCAACAUCAGACAGACAGGCUGGUGUAAAGACAACAACCACAAGCUCCACCCACCCAAAGGCUACAGCGAGACAGAUUUUGAUUGGCAGCACUACCUUCAGUCCACAGGCUCUCAUGCUGCUCCGCCCACCCUGUUCACCUGUCGCCCUGCCAGCUGUGGGUUCAGUGUGGGGAUGAAGUUGGAGGCGGUCGACAGGAAGAACCCCGGACUCGUCUGCGUCGCCUCCGUCGCUGAUGUCAUCGAUGACCACUUCCUGGUUCACUUUGACAACUGGGACGACAUGUACGACUACUGGUGUGACAGCAGCAGUCCGUACAUCCAUCCUGUGGGCUGGUGUGAAGAACAAGGACGACCUCUCACCGCUCCUCAGGGUCACCUGAACCCGGAGAACUUCCUGUGGGAGGAAUACCUGCUGGAGACCAGAACCACCGCCGCACCCUGUUCAGCCUUCACUCUGAGAGCUCCUCAUGGUUUCCAGGGCAACCAGAAGCUGGAGGCGGUGGACAGGAGGAACCCCAUGUUGGUCCGCGUCGCCACGGUAACAGAUACAGAAGACUACAGGGUGAAGGUUCAUUACGACGGCUGGUCGGAGCAGUUUGACCUCUGGAGUGACAGCGACCUCUGUGACCUUCAUCCUGUCGGCUGGUGUCAACGCACGGGACACCCACUGGAACCCCCCCCAGGUUGGCCUCCCCUGUCUGUCUCUCAGGGUGUCUGUCCCACUCCAGGCUGCCGAGGAGUUGGACACAUUAAAGGAGCCAAAUACACCGGACACCACAGUGCCUUCGGCUGUCCGUACUCGGACAUUAAUAUGCGUAAGGAGGUGGUGCUUCCUGAUAGGCUGGGAGGAGAGAGAGUCAUCACCCUCGUUCCUGUCAGCAUAUAUCACCACGGCAACCAGUCAGACAGGAGGAGUGUCCAGGUGAAGAUGGAGCCCAGAGACGAGACUCUGCUGCUUCCUCUGGGGAAGAGAAGAAGACAGACGGACAGACUGUCCCAGCCAACCAAAUACCUCCGUGUGAAACAGGAAGAGGAGGAGCUUCACAUCAGAGCCCUCGGCCCAGCAGCAGAGUCCAGUCUGCAGGCCGUCCUCCACCAGUCUGUCUUCCUGUCGGCCAUGUCUCCUCAGCCAGGACGAGACCUGUCUCUCUCUCUCUGCUGGGAGCAACACGGCAAACUGCUGCCGGGAGUCACCGGAGUCCAACCAGAGACCGUCCAACACUGGAGCGUCCAGCAGGUGUCAGACUUCAUCGAGUCCCUCCCCGGCUGUGAGGAACAGGCCAAACAGUUCAGAGACGAGCAAAUCGAUGGGCGGGCCUUCCUUCUGCUCACCCAACGGGACAUCGUCAGGGUCAUGUCAAUCAAACUUGGCCCCGCCCUCAAAAUCUACAACUCCAUCCUGAUGUUCAAACACGCCGAGGACAGGAACCGUUCACACGCCGAGGACAGGAACCGUUCACACGCCGAGGACAGGAACCGUUCACACGCCGGGGACAGGAACCGUUCACACGCCGGGGACAGGAACCGUUCACAUACCGAGGACAGGAACCGUUCACACGCCGGGGACAGGAACCGUUCACAUACCGAGGACAGGAACCGUUUACACACCGAGGACAGGAACCGUUCACACGCCGAGGACAGGAACCGUUCACACGCCGGGGACAGGAACCGUUCACACGCCGGGGACAGGAACCGUUCACAUACCGAGGACAGGAACCGUUCACAUACUGAGGACAGGAACCGUUCACACGCCGGGGACAGGAACCAUUCACAUACCAAGGACAGGAACCGUUCAUAUACCGAGGACAGGAACCGUUCACACGCCGAGGACAGGAACCGUUCACACGCCAAGGACAGGAACAGUUCUCAUGUCGAGGACAGGAACCGUUCACACGCCGAGGACAGAAACAGUUCACACUCUGAGGACAGGAACCGUUCACACGCCAAGGACAGGAACCGUUCACACUCCGAGGACAGGAACCGUUCACACGCCGAGGACAGAAACAGUUCACACUCCGAGGACAGGAACCGUUCACACGCCGAGGACAGUAACAGUUCACACGCCGAGGACAGUAACAGUUCACGCUUCGAGGACAGGAACCGUUCACACGCCGAGGACAGUAACAGUUCACACGCCGAGGACAGCAACAGUUCACACGCUGAGGACAGGAACCAGUCACACGCCGAGGACAGGAACUGUUCACACGCCGAGGACAGGAACUGUUCACACGCCGAGGACAGGAACAGUUCACACGCCGAGGACAGGAACCGAUCACACGCCGAGGACAGGAACCAUUCACACGCCGAGGACAGUAACAGUUCACACGCCGAGGACAGUAACCGAUCACACGCCGAGGACAGUAACCGAUCACACGCCGAGGACAGGAACAGUUCACACGCCGAGGACAGGAACCGAUCACACGCCGAGGACAGUAACAGUUCACACGCCGAGGACAGGAACUGUUCACACGCAGAGGACAGGAACCGAUCACACGCCGAGGACAGGAACCAAUCACACGAGGACAGGAACCAAUCACACGCCGAAAACAGGAACCAAUCACACGCCGAGGACAGGAACCGAUCACACGCCGAGGACAGGAACCGAUCACACGCCGAGGACAGGAACCGAUCACACGCCGAGGACAGUAACCGUUCACACGCCGAGGACAGGAGCCGAUCACACGCCGAGGACAGGAACCAAUCACACGAGGACAGGAACCAAUCACACGCCGAAAACAGGAACCAAUCACACGCCGAGGACAGGAACCGAUCACACGCCGAGGACAGGAACCGAUCACACGCCGAGGACCGGAACCGACCACACGCCGAGGACAAGAGUCCAUCACACGCCGAGGACAGGAACCAUUCACACGCCGAGGACAAGAGUCCAUCACACGCCGAGGACAGGAACCGAUCACACGCCGAGGACAGGAGUCAAUCACACGCCGAGGACAGGAGUCCAUCACACGCCGAGGACAGGAACCGAUCACACGCCGAGGACAGGAGUCAAUCACACGCCGAGGACAGGAACCGAUCACACGCCGAGGACAGGAGUCAAUCACACGCCGAGGACAGGAACCGAUCACACGCCAAGGACAGGAACAGUUCACACGCCGAGGACAGGAGUCCAUCACACGCCGAGGACAGGAACAGUUCACACGCCGAGGACAGGAACCGAUCACACGCCGAGGACAGGAACAGUUCACACGCCGAGGACAGGAACCGAUCACAUGCCGAGGACACCUGUGUUCUGUGGGAGGGGCUACAUUUUCCAUCCAAUCAUCAAUGAGAUUUAAAUUUCUGAUGUCACAGAUGUUUGUGUCGGUCAUGUGACGUCAUGUCUCAGGUGUUGGUGUCGGUCAUGUGACGUCAUGUCACAGAUGUUUGUGUCGGUCAUGUGACGUCAUGUCUCAGGUGUUUGUGUCGGUCAUGUGACGUCAUGUCUCAGGUGUUUGUGUCGGUCAUGUGACGUCAUGUCUCAGGUGUUGGUGUCGGUCAUGUGACGUCAUGUCUCAGGUGUUUGUGUCGGUCAUGUGACGUCAUGUCUCAGGUGUUUGUGUCGGUCAUGUGACGUCAUGUCUCAGGUGUUGGUGUCGGUCAUGUGACGUCAUGUCUCAGGUGUUGGUGUCGGUCAUGUGACGCCAUGUCUCAGGUCUCAUAAUUACCUGGAGAUAGGUGUGAUAACGAGGUGCCGUGAUCACAUGACAUCAUGAUGAGACAUUAAAUCAUAAUUGAAGACAUUUUCUUAUAAUCAGGUUCGUCGUCAUAGUAACGUUGUGAAUGUAGGAACGCCACACGGGUCUGGAACAGGAAACUGUUGAUGACAUCAUACCGUGGCUCCGCCCCCACUGUGACGUCAUUCCCACGUCUAGUACUCUCAGGGUUUGACCUUUCAGGCUGUUCCAUGAAGGUUCGUCACUUCCUGACACGUGGACCAAUAGUAGUGACAUCAUCCAGAAGUCCCGCCUCCUCUGCUGUGAUUGGCCGGUUUGUGAACGGAGUCACAAGAAAUUAUCAGAGUUUAUAUUUAUAAUUUUAUUCUCUAUAGUAUUUUGAAGAGUAUCUAUUGUUAUCUACUGUCUCUAUAUAGAUUUCUAUUUUAACCUUUAUAAGUAUAUAUAUAUAUAUUAUAUAUUGGUAUUCCUCAGUCAGUCCUGCUGAACCUGACUCCUCCUCCUCGGUGAUGUCACUGUGACGUCACAGAGGGUGGGGGGGCGCUCAAUUCACACCAACAAUCUGCUGAUGUUUCUACUCCGUGUUUCUGUCCUUGUUUGAUGAGAUCAAUAAAGUUUCUGAUCUGA